AUGGAUGGGGAACCAGAAGCAUUAUCUGAUACAGCCACAAACUGCAACCUAGGAUGUGCCUCUGAAACGCUGUCAGAUAUAAAUCAAGCAAAACUCGAUUCAUUAGAAAAAAAAGCAGUUCAUCUGAGACUGGUUCUUGAAAAAGAUUUUAAAGCUGCAGAUAUCAAAUGGAGUUUAUUUGUAUCAGCUGCUUUUAGCUUUAGGUAUGAAAGUUGUCUUAGGCCGUUUCCGCCACCAUUCAUGAAAAAUGGAAUCAAGGACAUGGAUGAACUAAAUACCUUAGUUGGGAAUGGAGUAUACUUGUCAACAGACCUCAAUAUAAGUUUACCCUAUAGUCAUGGAGGUUUUGGUUGGGGCGCCAGUUGCAUUGGUGGACAUCUAUCUUGUAUAGCAAUGUGUGAAGUUAUUGAUGCUCCUGAGGGUAUAAAUUACCAGAAACCCGUGUCUAAUGAAGGGGAUGGUAUUUAUACAGAAGAAAAGAACAAAUUGAUUUCAGAGACUGGUAUUGAAGAACAAACUCUGUCGCAAUAUAUUGUAACGAACUGUGAUUUAGUAAGACUAAGGUAUCUCUUGGUGUAUGCCAAACAACCUGCAUCAAUGCGUUUUCCAACACCAAGUGUGAACGAUCGGAAUGCUGCUGGUUUUCGUCAAUGGGUAUCGAGACAUAAAUUAUUCUCCAUUUUACUGGGCUAUGGUUUAAUGUUAGCUACAAUAGGAUUUGCUAAUAAUCAACCUGUUAAUUAUUAUUACAAAAUGUUUUUAAAAAAGCUGGACAUAGCGUAUAGUUCUGUUAAAGUUUAAUGCAUCUAAUUUUUC